AUGAGUUCGAGUCUGUUGCUGCUGAACUUGUCAACAAACAUCCCUGCCUCAAAGAGCCUGGUGGUGGUACUGGAUAUGCGCGGGAUGGACAACCAGCAUAAAGUACAAGAUUGGGAACUACAGAUCAAAACUACGUCCAAGCUGGAUGUAAUGAGGUUGGUGUCAACAGGAGAACAAGAAGAGAGGUGGUGGAUGAUCAUGGUGUCAACAGGCGAAGAAGAGAUGAUGAUGGGGAUGGUGGUCCGAGGGAAGGUUUUCUUUGAAAAACCAAAGCGAGGUGAGGUCAACCAUGUACCAGAUCAUCCUGAAAGCUACACUGAGGAGGACUUGGAAGACCUGAGGUCUUCCCUGGUUGAAACCAUGAAGAAGAAAAACAAGGACAUGGAGUUCAUCAGCCAGAAGAUGGACAUCACAUUCUCCUUUAGGAGAAUGGAGAUUGUAGAGAUGGAACCCAUGGUCUCAGAGGUUCUGGAGAGGUGGUCCGGUCUAUUUCUUGAAGAACAGAUUUGUCAAGAGUUCACUCGUGUGACCACCAAGGACCUGAUGGGAACAUUUAAAACUGCCCUUGAGAUGUUCACCCCUCGUCUGCUGAAAUUAUAUCGUGCCAGGAAGGGCGCCUUUAGUCGAGAGAUGGAAACCCUUUUGGAAAUGCUUGACAAACAGACAUCUGACAUCACAAGUCAUCGCAGACAGGCAGCUGUGGAAGGUCUUCCCAUAUUUCUGCGGGAGAAUACUGAGAAGCUUUUCUCUAGAUGCUUGGCAACUGAUUUAGAUGACGAGCAGACGAAAGGCAUCAAGAUGGGUGUCCUCACAGUGCUUGAUGAUGAUGACGCAGUCAUUAAUAUUGCCCUCGUGUUGGAGGAAACCAUUGUCCUGAAAGAUAUCCCAGACACCCGACUGCGCUUUACGUAUCUUUUUGGCCUGCUUUAUGCCCUCAACAUGGAGUUCCCAAAAGACAUCAGGUAUACCUUUGAAACUAUCCAGCACAUUUUCAUGGAAAUGUCCACCAAUUGCUCACAGCGUGUCCGGAGCUUCAAGACCAAGCUGUUAAACCAGUGA